CAAAGCAGACAGCAGAGGUAGUAAGAAGAAAGAUAAGACCAAGCAAGAAAGAGAGGGAUUGAUUGGUGUAGGCUAGUCCUAUGCUAUAUUAUCACACAAAUAGAAGGAAGUUCUUGGUUUAUAAACUGUAGAUAAUAGCCAAAUAAAUAAGCAAUGCUGUAAUCAGUUCAUAAUGGCUAAAUUUGUCAUCGCAGGUAGGGCUGACUGUCCAUAUUAUGCUAGGACAGAGUUGUUGGCAGAUAAUCUUCAAACAAAUCUUGCUGACUUUAAAAUACACAAGAUAGUGAAAACCCCUGAAGAGUGGGAGGAAUGGCUGUCAAUUACCUGCAACAAAAAUGGAUGGCAACAUCAAAAGUCACCAAUCGUAUGGAGAGAGCUCAUCGACAGGGGUGGCAAAGGAGUUCUGAUUGGUGGAUGUAAUGAAUUUCAAGAAUAUGCUUAUGGUUACUAUGGUAUUCAAUCUGAAAUGGCAAGCUCAGAUAUGAAGAAAAUAAGUGCCGAAAAUCUGUGUACAAAUGUUUUGACUACGCAGGAAGAGGAGCAUUUAAAGAGCCUUAGUAAUCCGUUAAAGGUUUGCAUCACGAAUGCUUCUAAGCCUAUGGCUUACUAUAUGGUCUAUGAAAUAGCAAGAGGUGAUGUUUUUGGGCCAAAAACUGAGAUAAGUUUGACACUUUUGGUGGAGAACAAGGAUGAUAAUGUCAUCAAAGGUCUUGUGAUGGAAGCAGAAGACCUAGCGUGUACUCUGCUCAGAAAAGUUAUCAUUACAAGUGAUCCUCAGGAAGCUUUUAAUGGUGUCAGUGCUGUGGUCUUUCUUGAUGGAUCUCCUCUUCAACCAGAGGAAUCCUGUGAUGACUGGCUAAAGCUCAAUGCUCAGAUAUUUAGAGAAUAUGGCAAGAUUUUGAAUUCUGUUGCUGCCAAUGAUGUAAAGGUGCUGGUUGCUGGAGAUGGCCCCUUGAAUUUUAACGCAUACAUGCUAGGAACUGCUGCGCCAGCAGUAGCCCGGCAGAACAUUGUGGCUGUGGCACGCCUUCUAGAGAAUAGAGCUAAGGCAGCACUUGCAAGGAAGUUAAAUGUCAACUCGGCGUUUAUUGUAGAUUUGAUAACCUGGGGAAACAUCAGUGGCACAAGCCUAACAGACGUAAACAAAGCUGCUGUACACCAGUAUGACGGUGCCAUUGUAGGACCUGAGUGGUACUCCAGGCCAGUAAAAGAGAUGGUUCACGAUGACAAAUGGCUUCAGACUGAGUUCCUUGAUAACUUAAAGAGCCACGAGAAUACUCUGACAAAAACACUUGGACAUUGUGCAACACUUUCUGCUGCAUCUGCUGUUAUUGGUGUAUUGAAAGAUUGGUGGAAUGGUUCUAAAGAUGGAAAAAUUUUAUCAUUAGGUGUUUUUUCAGAAGGUUGGUAUGAACUGCCACCCGACAUCGUUUUCUCUCUUCCUGUCAAGUUUCACCAAGGCUGCUUUGAGGUAGUCCAGGAUGUCGACGUCAGCGAUGACAACAAGAGAUUAUUAGAAACCAUUGCAAAAGAAAUAAUUGCCGAGAAGGAAGUCAUAUUUCCUUCGUCCCGCAAGAAUUCACCAACACCAGAACCAAAUCCUGACGAAACUAAAGUGUUUGGUACAGAUCCAAAUGGCGGGGAACAAAAUAACCUCGCCGAAAACCCUGCAAACGUACCCGAAAGUGACGAUGUGAAUGUUGACCGUAGUGGGCCGCUCUCUAGAAUUGUUGAAGAGGCAGAACCAGAUAUAAAAGAUGCGGAAUCCACAACUGACACAGAAAAACAAUCUAUCAAAGAAGAUGAUGAAGAAUAAGAAUCAUGGUAAACUCCGGGUUUAUCCAUCGGCAAAAAUGGUUCUGUGUACAUGUGUAUAAUAAUAAAUUUAAGUAGGCCUUAUGUUUAUUUCUAUUAACAAGACCAAGAGAUUGUACUAGUUAAUAACCGACUUAUUUUGGAUAAAUACGGUAACGAUUGUCGUUUGACCUUUCCUUUGAAUUUAAUAAGAAAGUUAAUUGUGUAAAAUGCAUAGUUGUUUUAUUCUAUGGUUGUGAUGUACGCACAUGCACAAUUGUUUUUUAAAGAAUUAUUACAAGACAAAUUUCGACCCAGGAACGUUUCUUGAGUGGGCCAGAUACUAAAGCUUACGUUGAAGUUUCAGCCAGAAUUCCAAUUUACAGUAUUUUUAAACAUUUAUAUUAUUUGCUGGUAAUUAAAGGAUUAUUUCGUUAAAACAUCUUUAAA